AUGACGACGCAAGCUGGCGAGGUUGUUGGCAGGCCCGCCGACGAGGUCGCAGAAGCAGAUGUCGCAGUUGAGCCCAUAUCACCUAUAUCCGAUCCUGCGGGUGUUCAAGCAGCACUCGUCGCUACGCUAACGACUCUGAAGCCAGUGCGUCCAGAUGUGGUCCGGGCGACCCCAGCAUUCGUCCCACUGCGAAGAGGUGGGCGCAUUCUACGGAGUCUUGAUAUCGAGGACAAGGCCAAGUUGUACGCAUUCGGAGUUGCCACGGCAGCCAUUGCACAAUUCUGGAGCCAUAGCUGGCAUGGGGGCACGUGGACGAAGGUGCUGAUGCUGUUGAUUUUCAACAACGGCCUGGCAAGCGUGUGCAUCGGCACCAUCGGGAGUAUCGUGACAGUCCUUUUGUUUUGGGCAUUUGGCCCAGCUCCGGACGAUCCAAAAGAUCCCCUGGAUGUCAUGCUUUGCUCCAUGAUUGCCUCCGUGCUUUGCGCUAGUCUGACCUUGUUUUUCUGGAGGCCUCGGCAUCAGGUGUUCCUUGACCAGAUUUGCAUCCAUCAGGCACACAUGGGCCUGAAAACGGCAGGGCUGAUCAGCAUGCCGGCGAUUCUCAAGAGCUCCCGCUCGAUCGUCGUCUGCUGGGAUUCCACCUACAUGGAGAGGGCAUGGUGUGUCUUUGAACUUGGUGCCUUCAUGAAAGCCCACGGUGAGAAUGCACAGCUUAUCAUCCGACCGACUUUCCUUGGGCCUUGCAGCAUUGCAUUCCACACAGGCGUGGCGGCUGUGCUGCUGGUAAACCUUGUAACCUUGUACUUUUUCAAGGUCUUGGACAGCUCUGCCGACUCCUUUAUCCGACUGGGCAUCUUACUCAUCGCAAUAACCAGCUUCAUGUUCAUGGCAGUGUCCGCCUUCCGCACGUACUACCUGUCAGUCGAGGAGAUGCGGAAGCAGCUGAAGGUUUUUUCAGUUGAGAACACGGUGGCUCACUGCUGCACCCAGCAACACAAGGAUGCUUCUGGAAAGCCCAUUCCCAUCUGCGACAAGGAAACCAUCUCUGCUUGCAUCGUGAAUUGGUUCGGAUCGAUUGAGACCUUCAACCAGAGGGUGCAGGAGAAAAUGCAGCUUGCGCUUGUGCCUCAAUUGGGUUACUUCUCCUUCUCAUAUUCUUGGAUGGUGGCUUGCUCCAUGCCCGUUCUGUGGGCUUACUUCCCAAAAGUCGCCUAUGCUGCAUUCAAUGAGGAUUGGACAUUUGCUGCCCAGCAGGUCUUCUGGAUUAUGGCAUGGUGGCUGGGGGCCUUGCCCAUCAUGACGAUGAGUAUACUUGCUGUCUCCAAGGUGCUAAGCCAAAGGUAUGCAUGCUGCACGAACUUCUUGGCCAAUCUUAUCGCUUCGUGGGUUGUCUUGCCGAUCUACAUCGGCAUCGAGCUCUGGCUUGGCUUUGCGUCUACCAUUCUGCCGACGUUAGUGGCCGAUGUCGUCUACGCCAGCACUUUGAUCAUCAUCGCGGUGCUCUUGGCUAUUGCGAUGGCAUGCUGCCGGAGACGCGUGGAGGGUAAGUAA